CGUAUUCCAUCCAUUUCGAACCAGCUCCUAACCAGAACCUCCUAUCUCUCAAAACCUAACAAUCUCUCUCUCUCUCUAAAAAACCACCAAAAAUGUCCUCCGAAUACUACUCUAUCUGCAUUCCUGGAAGUGGGUUCUCCAGUUCUCUUCCCAGCCUGGAGCUCAUUCUCUGCAUCUUCCUCAUUGCUGCUGUGUUUGGCUUCUGUCUCGCACCAGGCGGCCUCGCCUGGGCUCCCUCAAAGGCGCGAGCCGGGGUUCAAUCAAGGUCCGCCAUUCCUGGACCCUCUGGUCUACCCAUUAUUGGACUCGUCUUCGCUUUCGCUGGCUCUUUGACUCUCGCAAAUCUCGCUAAGACCUUCGAAGCCGUACCGUUGAUGGCUUUUUCGAUUGGGUUCACUCGUUUCAUCAUCUCAAGCCACCCAGACACAGCCAAGGACAUUCUAAGCAGCUCGGCUUUCGCAGAUCGGCCUGUGAAAGAGUCGGCUUACGAGCUUCUCUUCCACCGAGCAAUGGGUUUCGCUCCAUACAGUGAGUACUGGAGGAACCUGAGGAGAAUCUCGUCGACCCAUUUGUUCAGCUCGAAGAGAAUCACUUGUUUCGGCGAUUUUCAGCAAAAAAUGGGGAUUGAAAUGGUGAACCAAGUCAAGGGUUUGAUGGAGAAAAACAGAGUGGUUGAAAUCAAGAGAGUUUUACAUUUUGGGUCUCUGAACAAUGUGAUGAUGAGUGUGUUUGGGAGGUCCUAUGAUUUCAAUGGAUGUGAUGGGUUUGAACUUGAGGGUUUGGUGAGUGAAGGGUAUGAGUUGCUUGGGAUAUUCAACUGGAGUGAUCAUUUUCCUCUUCUGGGUUUGUUGGAUUUGCAAGGUGUGAGGAAGAGAUGUAGAGAGCUUGUUUCUAGAGUGAAUGUGUUUGUUGGGAAGAUCAUUGAAGAACACAGAUUCAAGAGGGCUAAAAAUGGAGGUGUUGUGGGUGGUGGUGACGAUGAUGACUUUGUUGAUGUUUUGCUUGAUUUGGAGAAUGAUAACAAGCUUAGUGACUCUGAUAUGAUUGCUGUUCUCUGGCUAUUUUUCUCAAACACUCUCUACUAAUAAACAAUCUUUGUAUUUGUUUUUUGAAUAUUUGUUAUUUUGAUCUUAUUAUUGUUUUUUGGAGUAGUUCUUAUUAUUGUAUACUGUUUGUGUAAAUGCAUGGUUGAAGUAAUGGAUCUGUUUUAUGCUCUUUUUGGGACCUUUGAAG